AUGGGCGUCGCGGGGCAGCGCCUUCCAAUUGCAGCGCAGAGCCCACUGCAGCAGGGAGAGAGAGCGCGGAAAGCGGCUCCUUCUCGCUCCACCCUCCUCACCCCGGGGUGGAUCAAACUGCAGCAAAGGCAGGGAGGGGAGGCAGAGACAGCGUCGUCUGCAAAGCCACAGGUCCCGCGCGAACGAGGGGGAGGGAUUCUAAUGGCUGGAAACAGAGGAAGAGGACGUGCUUCUUUUACCUUUAACAUUGAGGCUAUCGGUUUUGCUAGAGGUGAAAAGUUACCUGAUGUGGUGUUGAAACCUCCACCGCUAUAUCCUGACACAGAUUAUAAGCCAGUGCCUCUCAAAGCAGGAGAAGCAGAAGAAUACAUGUUGGCCUUAAAACAGGAGUUUAGAGCAACCAUGAAAAGAACACCUUAUUUUAUGGACACAGAGGAAGAAAAACAAGAAAUUGAAAGAUACAGUAAAAGAUAUCUGAAAAAUUACAAAGAAGAUGAUUUGGAAUGGGUACCAGAUUGGAGAAGACUCCCAAGAGAGAUGAUGCCAAGAAAAAAGUUGACAAAAGCAGGACCCAAACGCCAAAGGACAAAAGGUACAGCCAAAGUUGCUACGGUCAUGAGUACUGUGGAUGUAUUGAAAAAAAUUGAGGACUUGGAAAAGAAAGGUGACGAAGAAAAAUCAGAUGAGGAAACUGAUGAGAAAGAAGGAGGCAAAGGGAAAAGGAAAGAUGAUGAUGACGAUGAAGAGGAUGAAGCGGCUGAUGAACAAGAAGAGUAUGAUGAAGAAGAGCAGGAAGAGGAAAAUGAUUACAUCAAUUCUUACUUUGACAAUGGAGAUGAUUUUGGUGCAGAAAGUGAUGACAACAUGGACGAAGCAACAUAUUAG